AUGAAUAAAGAAUAUUUUCGUUUCUAUAUUAAAGUACGUACUACACUUUAUAUCGAACCGAUAGUUAUUUAUAAUGAAUUAAGUGCUGUAUUUGGUGAUGAAGGUCCUCCUCUUGGAACUUUUCAACAAUGGUUAAAAUGGUUUCAUGACGGUCGAGAAGAUGUUGAAUAUGAAGAAAGGGUGUGUGUAGGUGUGGAUUCAUCUUUUAUUUAG